CAGACGACACGCAGAGAGGCGCCGGGUCAACGCGCCAGGUAGCAACGCCUCAGGACAACCGUCGACGUUCCCUUCGUCGCCGUUCUCGUCCUCACCGCGUCCGUCGUCUCAGCGGCGGGGUGGUGUCGUGAUUCCUCCCCUUUAGAAACAACCGCGGACAACCGCGGCGACACCGGGGGACGACAGCCAUGGGGUCCUUCCACGCCGUCUCCGGGAGCUUCGUUCUCCUCGUGGCCACGGUCGUCCUACUGCCCGCCACGCAUCACACACCGUUUGCAUACGCCGCAACUGCCGGCGGUAGUAUGCUGGGCGACGUGAACAUCUCUGCGAUACUGGACUCCUUUUCUGUCAGUUACGAUAAAAGAGUAAGGCCGAACUACGGAGGUCCGCCCGUGGAGGUCGGCGUCACCAUGUAUGUCCUCAGCAUCAGCUCCGUGUCCGAGGUGAUGAUGGACUUCACGUUGGAUUUUUACUUCCGACAAUUUUGGACGGAUCCACGACUCGGGUUCAAGCCGCGAACGGGCGUCGAGACGCUCAGCGUCGGUUCAGAAUUCAUCAAGAACAUUUGGGUACCCGACACCUUCUUCGUCAACGAGAAGCAGUCGUACUUUCACAUCGCUACCACCAGCAACGAGUUCAUUCGCAUUCACCACUCGGGGAGCAUCACGCGUAGCAUACGCUUAACGAUUACAGCGUCGUGUCCCAUGAACUUGCAGUAUUUCCCGAUGGACCGGCAACUGUGCCAUAUCGAGAUCGAGAGCUUCGGAUACACGAUGAGGGACAUCCGGUACAAGUGGAACGAGGGCCCAAACAGCGUCGGGGUCAGCAACGAGGUCUCCCUGCCUCAGUUCAAGGUCCUCGGUCAUCGUCAACGUGCCAUGGAGAUUAGUCUUACCACCGGGAAUUACUCGCGGCUGGCCUGCGAGAUCCAGUUCGUACGGUCGAUGGGCUACUACCUGAUCCAGAUCUACAUACCCUCAGGGCUGAUUGUCAUAAUAUCGUGGGUGAGCUUUUGGCUAAACCGAAACGCGACCCCCGCUCGGGUGGCCCUCGGAGUAACCACUGUGCUCACUAUGACGACCCUAAUGUCCUCGACGAACGCGGCGCUACCAAAGAUCUCCUACGUCAAGUCCAUCGACGUCUAUCUGGGCACCUGCUUCGUCAUGGUCUUUGCCUCGUUGCUCGAGUACGCCACGGUGGGCUACAUGGCGAAGAGGAUUCAGAUGCGGAAGAAUCGGUUCCAAAAGAUAGCCGAGAGCAUGAAGGCCGCGAGCGAAAAUCCAGGACCGCCGCGCGUACCCGGCGAUCAUGGCGAUCAUGCGCCUAAGCAAACUGAGGUGCGGUUCAAGGUGCACGACCCAAAGGCACACAGCAAAGGUGGGACGCUCGAGAACACCAUAAAUGGUCGCGCCGAUGAAGAAUCGGCGGGCGCGCCGCAACAUAUUAUUCAUCCUAGCAAGGACAUCACCAAGCUCUACGGUAUGAGUAGACCAUGCAUAACGCCGUCGGACAUCGACAAAUAUUCCCGCAUCGUAUUCCCGGUAUGUUUCGUUUGCUUCAAUCUGAUGUACUGGAUUAUUUACCUCCACAUCAGCGACGUGGUCGCGGACGACCUCGUGCUGCUCGAGGAGGCGAAGUAGACGACGACGUCGCGGUGCUCCGAAUCGAGAAGAAAAAAAAGGGCAAAAGAGCGCGCAGAAGCGAGCAUUCUUACGCGUAGGAACGAGACGAGGACCGAUUCGCGAAAGAGGAAGAGCGAAAAGCGGUUCAAGGAGGAAAAAUCGAGGCGCGCUCGGUGACUACUUCAGGACAGGGGUAGUAAAAAGCGGGUAGUAAAAAGCGAACGACAUCCGAGACCAGCCGUACCAGCUCGCGGACCAGAAAGGUGCUCUCAAAACAUACGCUUAGGUCCGUCUCGAGAGCACGGUAACCACUUCUCAACUGGAAGUAGUAGCGGACGAAUAUGGGCAAGCCGUGCGGUCGCCUAGACGCGGAGUAGGACUACUUCGCGAUCACCGGCAAGUAGAAACGGUCGAACGAACUCAGACGCCGCAUCGCUUUGGCGUGGCUUAUCAAACGCGCGUUCUCACUACUUGCGCGGCAUCUGCAGUGACUACCGCAAUUUCAACCGGGCAACAGGCUCCUGUUCGUCAAUCAGCGAUCGGGCACGCGUAAGCCUCGGCUAUCUUCGCUGUACACGAGGCGUCUUCGUUAAAGACUCAAUAUAUAUACAUAAAUAAAUAAAUAUAUAUAUAUAUAUAUAUAUAUAGGUACGUCGCGCGAUAGAAAUGUAUAUGUCGCGAUGCAAGCGGAACGGCAAGCAGGAGCUCAAUCGCGAAGGCGAAUCCACGAGCAUACAUACCAUAAAACAUUGCCAGUCUAGGUAUCUCUAGUUCUUAAACGGAGAAAAUACCUUCGAUAUAAACACUUGUCAAUUUAGCCACCAUUACAUAGUAACAUUAACUAACGCUAAGAACAACACCGAGACUCGUCGGUUUAAAGCGACGAUUCAAUCGAGAGCAGCUUGAGAACGGAAAAAUAUAGGAUUAUCGACGUUCGUCGAGGUCGAGGAUGAAUCGUCGCUCUGACGCCGUCAGCAGCGUUCGCGCGCAGAGAAAACGUAGCGGAAAUCGCAUGGUGGCAUAUGUGCGCGCGUGAAUGCGAAUGAACGAGAGAGAGAGAGAGAGAGAGAGAGAGAGAAUGAACGCGAGUAUAAAAUGUAUGAGUGAUAGUGCGCACGUGGAACGAAAAAAACGGCGGGAAAGUUCAUAUUCCAAACGAAGAAAAAAAAACAAUGUGCUAUCGGAGACUGGUGCGACUUAUUAUCUAAGUAAGUACAGUAAGUAUAUGUAUAUUAACAUACAUACACGCGCGCGUACGCGGCCACGUUAGGUACGCGCGUACACGCAUAUUAGACACACGUGCGUGCACACAUGCGUACGCAGAACGCAGAACGAUCGAUGGAGAGCGUUCUACGCGAGAUCUACAAAGAUAUAACGGCGGGGAAAAGCGGAAGGGGAUAACGCGACGCAGGACGCCCACGACGAAAGCGGCUCGGGUUUCAUGGUAGCGGCCUCACUUCAGCAUCCGCAUUUAUUUGGAUUACGGCCAAGUACGAGCCAGAUCUCUCCUUUCAUUUCGUAGGACUUUUUUACGAUUUUUCACGACGCGACUUUUGUAUGUUUCUGUAUGUGUAUGAAUCGCGUCGCCGCUACCGAAAUCGGUGAACUUAUAUCGUCACUCGUCCCAGGGCGUCUCUGUACGCGUGUACGUGCGUGUGCACAUGGCUCAAUCGGGAGUACUCUUAGCUCGUACUACGUAGUCGCGACUGUUUACGUAGGGAAACUCCCGGGACGUAUAAAUGAUUAUAGAUCGGACGUAAAAACACUCCAAUCAAGUCGAGAAAAUCGAGAGGGACAGCGGACCAAGGCGAAAUGCAGCUCGGUACUUGUAUUUACUUUCGCUUGAAGAAAAGCUCUCGCUAAAGAAAAAAAAUUGAUAUAUAAUUGACAUAUAUAUAAAAUACUCGUGUCGUACGAAUAUGGACAUAUCUUAUUUCAUCGUAUAUUGAAAAACAAUGGCGGAGAAAGAAACCUGAUGAAAAUAAAUCUGUACAACCGCGAUUAUUAUCCUUAAAUAACACUUUAUCUAUAUUGUCUAUGUGACAAUAGCAAGCCGACGCAGCCGCGCUGGAUUUUAUCGAUUUAAUUCGUAGCUAAUCCCAUCGACAUCCUUUAUAGUAUUUAUGCAAGAGAUGAGAAAGACAGUGAAAUAUAAUCGCUCUUAUUUGCGUGGGUUGCUUCACGAGCUUACAACGGUCUUCUUUUUUCAACGUAUUUCGUUGCCCAUGUUUUGUCAAUUUAAUUAACGUUAAUUGCAUGGCGUUCUACUUUCUUCUCGCGGAUGCUGCGCACUCCGCUGCUCGUACUUUCUAAAAUCCUGUUCGCCAUUACAGACCAUCGAUCACUUACACAAAAAGUUUCCAAAACCUAUACACUCGGAACUUUCUUCUUUGCGCCUUUCGUAUAUAAGCUACCUAGUAACCAAGCACUUUCUUUUAAAUGUAGCCAAUUCCUCCUCGACAACGAUUGGAUUAGAUGCCAUCUUUUGCUAUUGUAAUUUUUCCGAUCGUACAUUUUAAUAAUUAAAUUUUAGCUUAAAACUUUAUAUAUAUUAAGCUCUAUUUAAAAUUCACAGAAGAAUAAAGUUUUAUUAUUUAUAAUUUUCUUAAAAAUUUAACUCUUCAAAACUCCAAUCUUCAAGCGCUUGCAAUAUAAGAACAAUUGGGCGACAUUCUUUUUUAGUUGGACUUCUGCUGUUUAUGAUUUAGGAGAAGUGUGGAAAACUUCUCUAGAACAUUUUAUAUACAUAUAUACAUGCAAGCGCUCUCUUUUUACUGGCCUUCUCUCUUGCCCCUCGGACGUAGCGGCUGACUGCAAGCUGGGCCGUGGAAGCUUGCCAUUCAGGAUAUCGACCAGCUGACACGCCCAACCCACCCUCUGACUCUUUCUCAUCCCUUCUGCCGUCGCUCUUACUCUUCCUCUCCCCAUUCUCGUCCUCCAUUCUACUUCGCAAUCGCCAAAUAGUCCGUUUACCAGACGCCACUGUCAGUCGUGCAUUUAAUAAGGAGAUCCCUUGCCUUAGCGCGCUCCGCGAGAAUUCAUUAUGGAAAUAUAUAAGUAGUCCGUAGUUCAGGAUUCUGCCUUGGUCCGCUAUCCAUCUCAGAUAUUCGAGAGAAACGAAAGAGGGAUGGUCAUAUUCGAGCGUCACGUUUUACCAAUGCGAAAACGCUGAACCGUAUGAUUUUUAUUAGAUGACAUUGGUCAAACUUAUCGACUCGAAAAGAGAGAAGAAAAGAGAAUUAGGAAUUCUCAGUAUAAGCGAUUACGUGAUACAUUCGGUCUGUUAAGAUACACUAUAUACCUAAAUUUAAUUGGUAAUUCUUUCGCCGAGAAAAAAAUACUUAAAUUUUACGUAAAAAUCGAAAGAGAAAAAUAUAAAAGCACUUCAAGUCACUAAAUCGUCGAAGCCGUAUAAAGUUGAAAGCACUAGUUUAUAUCGAUAGAUUUUUUUUAAUACUCCAUUAAAUAUAAUUCCCUAAAUAAUAUGAUAAACGUCAUCAAAACGAUAUUCAAAAAACAUCUAGCGAUUGAUAAAUCUCUUAGGUAUGUUAAUGAAAUUUAAAAUCGAUAUCGACAAAUCUGGAACGAAUAAUUCAUGUCUUAUAAGUUAGUAGUAGACCUAAGUGAGCGGAACCAAUUCUAAAUAAUAUUUUUAUUUGGUGCUCAUUUGUUGCUAAAAAGUUGCCAAAGAAAAAAAUUUGUUGUUCUAAGUUUUCUCAAAAAAUGAUGUUCCGCGAAAGGAAGAUUAAGUUAGCGGGACAAUAUACAUAUAGCAAUAAAAUUGCACAUAAUCGGGACAUAUUUUGUGAACAACAAAUUAGCAACAAAUUCUUACGUUAUUGUUAUAUGCAAUUUCGUUGCUAUAUAUAUAGGUAUAUAUAUUGUCCCGCUAACAUAUCUUCCUUUAGCGGAACAUCAUUUUUUAAGAAAGCUUACAGAGCAACAAAUUUUUUUCUUUAGCAACAAAUGUGCAACAAAUAAAAAUAUUAGUUAGAAUUGGUUCUGCUCACUUUGUUCCGCUAACUUAUAAGACAUAAAUAACUCUAGGACCAUAAAUAAGGAGUGACUAAAAAUUCUCAAGUAUCUAUGUCAAUUUUACAUUCCCAUAGCGUGGAUCGUACUUUAGGAUUACAAUUUGUGACCGGUAUAAUUUCGAUUCUUACGUUGUCGCAAAUAAACAACAGCGGUGAUUUUUCAGUGUUCACGACGUCGAAAUUUCGAAUCAGCGAAAUUAUACCGGUUCGGUUAAUCGCUGUACGUACUUUUAACUCUUCCGUGUAGAAGAUUGCACGCGCGCUCCGGCUUUCUCGAUUUUUUUCAGACACCGGCGCGAUUACACCAGACCCGACAGACUUACCAUCUCGCGUAUUCGCGAGAUUCAACCGUGAUAAUUCGCCCAUCGCGGGUACAAUCAACCGCGGCAUUCCGUUCGCGCGUUAAUUCAGCGACUUAUUUCGCUUUCGCGUUUUCCGCGCCGAACACUCGGGCAUCCGGUUCUCAAUCGCGGUAAUCACGCGAUAAUUCGAAUAAUGGCGGCGCGCGAGUUUGUCGUGCGCGAAAAGGCGCAAAUCGCGUGUCCAGCCCUCGUUCGUUUCUUUCUUCGGCUGCGCUCGUACAUAAUAUAUAAGUAUUGAUACAUUUCUCCACGUCCGCCCCAACCGGAAGCGUUGUGUGCAAUUUAUAUAACUGUACAUCCGUUAUCUGCUCGGAGUCUCUAUAAUAACGGGAGAGCGAGAGGGAAGAGAGAGAGAGAAAGAGAGAGAGAGAGAGAGAGAGAGAGAGAGAGAGAGAGGAUCUAACUCGUUUUAUUGUUGUGAUAUAUUCUAUGGUAACUAUAUGCAUUUAUUCGCGCGUAUGGUGACAUAUACGCGUGCCUAUUGUUUACGCUGAAUCUUUCAGCUGGGCGGACAAACGGCGGGAAUUGGCGUGUCCACGAUCAAAGACGGUGGAGAAACUCUUCCUUAGAUAGACAUACAGUUAGGUGUAAAGUAAAGCAAAUAAUUAAAUAAUGUAAUAAUUAAUUAACUUUACGGAUAACGAAAUAAUUAAAGUAAUAAAACGCGUCGGGUGCAUCUCGCGAUACAGAGCGUGCAAGCUUCGAAAUCGCGAAUGAACGAUAUUCCUUUCGAAUGCGCGAUACUAAACUAAUUCAAUUGUUAAUGUAAUGAUGAUCGAUUAUGAACGAUGCUGUUAUAAUUCAGAAUGAUCGAUUACGCAUUAAUUUCUUGAGAAUACAUGACGCGCAUCCGCUGCAAUUUUUUAGAUGCAUUCUUUAUUCAUUUAUCACGUUUAUUCAUUAUGACGCUAUCAAGAAAAUUUUGUUAUUAAUAUGUUAUUUAUAUAAGAUAUUCGUAACGCUCAAAUAAAUUUGUAACAUAUAUACGUUUGCUUGAUCUCAGUAAGUAUUCGAAGUUAGGUAACUUCGCUGAUCCAACGUUGAAGAUUUAGUAGCAGAAAACUCGAUAAUUAAGCGCAUUCAUCUACGAUAAUUCAAUCGCUCAAUGCGAUUUUUUGUGCCGAAUUAUAAAAAAGAAACGCGUGCAGUGUAAGCACAAAUCGACAUACGCACGUUAUAUAUGGGACGCGCCAAUUCCCCGCAGACGUCACAAUCGACCAUUAUUAUUAUUAGUCACUGAAAAAUUUUUAUUACCUUUAUUAUUAUAUUUAUUACCGUUAACAUUAUAAAUGACCGUUUAAAGAUUUACAAUGUUCUUUAUCCUCUGGCAGGAUGACUACUUGCGUUAUCGGCGGGCACUUAUAUCGCGUAUAACAUUACCAAAUAGAUGAAAUCGUUAUAUAAAAACAAAGAGCACCGGCGCGCAGGUAUCUCGGGAUAUAACUCGGGAUAUGACAAGAGAGAGAUACAGAAAAAAAUACACAGAAAUAUUAAUAUUAUAUAUAAAUCGAUCACAUUUUGUAAAUACGAGUUUUAUACAGAGCAUUGUAUUCGUUAAACAAAGAGAGUACCUAUUGCGAAGUAAUAUAUAUAUAUACAUAUUAUAUAUAUACGCAAAUGUAGUGCACACGAAAAUGUGACUGUUCGCACGUAUUUAGGUAAAUCACUUUUAAAAGUAUAGGAAAAAGAGAAAACCAAAGUAGACUGGAAGAACGUCGGGGGCCGAGAAGUUAGUGCGUACGUUCAUUCGUUCGUUCGUUCGUUCGUUCGUUCGUUCGUUUGUUCGUUCGUUCGUUCGUCCGUACGUUCAUUCGCAGCGAAUGUAGGUCAUAAAAAUCGACAAUUUGAUUACUUGCUGACUAUCUACUGCGUAAUGAAAGAUUCGGAGUAUCCUCCGUGAUCGCCGACGAAGACGACCAGAAGAGUCGAUCUACAUACGCUCGUAUGAACUCUUUGACAUUUAUCAUUAUGCGUAGAUAAGAACGACGACGUGAGAAAAUACCACGUGGUCGAGCUCUUUAUCAAUCCAUCCACAUAUUAUGCAUUUGCGAUCAUAAUUGUUCGUCCGCGGACGUAAACGUAAAAAUUGCUCAAAACAUGGUUGUCAAAUCAUCAGCAGAUGUGUACAGGUACAGAGAUCAUGAAUAAUUUAUUUGAAUUUUAUAGAUACAUUCACACAUCGAUAAGACUUUAGUAUUAUAUCUAUACAUAUAUCAACGCGUAUAGAAACGUGAAGAAUCUAUCGCCAAUCGGAAUAAUUUACCUCAUUUUAUCUCACAAUCAGCUAGCAUUAUCUCACUUCAUGAAACGAUCAUAGUUACGAGAAAUUAUCGACAAAACGAACGCUCACGUCGUUCGGUCAUCUUUGUCGCGAGCGAGAAACUCUUCUGGGCGGCACGCAACACGGCAGAAUCGCCAACGGUGUAUGUACUCUGACAAGACCACGACAGUUCAAGCCGCGUUGUAACGAAAACUGCCAACUUCAUAUUGCAAUAUACGUUUUAGUCAAUCGUGGCGAUGCAACCAAAAAAACGACAGGAAACCGGAGCGAGCGGUGCAACCAUUUCGGGUGACAACGAGAAACGUUAAACGCCGAUGUAACUCUGAUCGUGUCGAUUGGUCAAUUUGAAUUACUUCGCGAAAGAUUCGUACAUGUUAAAUUGAUGGAUCGAACAAUUGAUUUAUCAUUGGUAGAUAAGCAAACCGUGUCACCGCUCAACCGAUCGCAUGCGCACAUUCCGUGGACUUUGAUUUUAUAAUUCCAAUUACAAAUUCUAAAUUCCAUAAGUUAGAAAGUUAUUUUUAAUUUAAGCGAGGAAGGCGUGGGCAAAGCAUUAAGAUUGCUCAUUAUUUAACAUUAUUUAACUUUACUUGACAAGUAUUCUAUGAAUAUAAAUAUACCAUAUUGCAUAUAAUGAAAUUCGUUGCGUUAUAUAAUCAUAGAUAAUUAAAAAAUUGUUACGGUGAUGUAGUUAUUUUAUUAUUCGCGCAAUGUUUAUGUCAGCAUCGCGAAUGGCUGUAUAAAUAUCAGAAGUAGUUUAAGUCUUUACGGAAUAAGUAAGCGAACGAUUGAAGCGAGACAUUCUACCAUAUUUAUCAAACGUGGUUACAGAGCGAUAGCGCUACGAAAAGACACGAAGGAAACGAAGUUGAUCGGGAAGCAUUUGGGAGAAAUUGGGGAAAGAGAGGCUUGUGGAAUUGUCGAAACGGAAGAUAUGUGAUCGUGAUUUACUCGUGCCGCAAGCGAGAGACGUGUACGUGAACUAUGGCAUAGCGAUCGUUUGUACUUAACCAGUCCUAAAACGCCUCUCGCUUGUCGCCGGAGAUUCCGCAGUUUCGUACCAACUGCUUCCGAUAUUUCUCGCAACCGCCGUUCACUCGAGAUAGUUGAGAAUUUCGAGCGGCAUCGAAUCGAGAGCUCGACGGAUUUCAGGGAUGCAAUCUUCAGUUAUCGCGGAAUUGAGGUCGUUUCCCUUCUCCGGCGGGGGACUCGCGCACUUGUCAUGCAUCGCGAUCAAGAAUCGCUUCGCGAACUAUCUCGAUCGCUCUCGAGAUCGGUGAGAAAUGCAAAUUCGACGAAAAGUGCGGCGUCCCCUUAUGGGCGAGAGAGAAAGAGAGAGAGAGAGAGGAGAGAAAGAGAGAAAGAAAGAGAGAGGAGUCGUCUGCGUUGCUUCGCGAAAAGCGGGAAAAAAGCGAGGAUCGGCGAACGCGAACGAAACUCUGAAUGAAAGAACGAAGACGAAAGUGUUGGCGCGAAGACGAGUCGUCUCGACGAGAGUACCAAAUUCUAAAAUGUAUUUAAAGACACACGCUAACUGCAUUAUACUGUAGAAACGUAUUCUACGAAAACGUAAACUGUAAGAAAGACAAAUGUAGAUACACAUGUACCCGAGACACGCAUACACAAACACGGACACGCAGCCGUUGCACGCAUACACAACAGGCACAUACACAACAUACACGCAACACGUACCGAACAUCUAAAAAUACCCUCUAGAUCGGGCGAUUAACAUCUCGAGAAGCGAUUAUAUAUAAUUAACGAUAUAUACAUACUUAUAUAUAUACGGCACUUGGUAGACAGGUACACGUACCGAGUAUACCUACACUACCUGCAACUUUCUACUCGGCUGCGACGCCGAUUGUGCGAGGUAAAAAAUAAAGAGUGAGAGCGCGAGAGUGAGAGAGAAUGAAAGAGUGAGAGAAAAACAGAGAAAGAGAAAAGCGAAAAGUCUGACGUAAAAAAUCGAUGUAACGGUGGGGGAAGAGACGUGUAACGUUUGUACGGCGCGCAAUAGUGCGAGUAUACGCAUAAUAGCUAGGCGUAGACUAAUAGGUCCGGAAAUACGAGUGUCUGUCGUAAUCGGGAGUGUAUCCGUUCGUGUAAGAAUGUCCGCGUGUCUACUACACGUACUACGGAAAGUACGUGCGUGAGAAUCUCCGUGGUCUGUAAUUCCCAUUGCGGGGAAGUUCCUGUUCCUCGAGGCAGCGAGACAAAAAGAAGAGGAGGAGGAAGAUUGCGGGGGAGGAACGAUGACGAAGAUGACAAAACAAACUUAUCGAGAUUUUGUAGAUAUUAUAUCCGAUUCGCGCGGGGGCCCCGCCAGAUCUGCCCGAAGCCACGCUGACACUUUUUCCAUCCCCGAAAUACGCACGAAUACAGUCUCGCGAGCGAACCAAGGCUAUGAUAUACACCUGACAGUUUUACCAUCGAGAAUCGUUCUAAGAGCGAUGACCGAUCUCAUCGAGCGCUCUUCCUUUCAGCUCUCUGACUAAACAAUCACUGUACCGACGGUUCCUCUACUUCUAACGGCACAUUUAAAAAAUGUACGUAGUGAAAAUUCGACUGAUUCGCACCGAACGUGGACCUCUAGCGUUUAUCGUAUCUAAAGUAAAAUACUACAAAUGUUUUCUAGCAACAGAAAUAAUUGAUAAUUAAUACUUAUCGACGCGAGUAAAGAUCGACAAGAAAAGAAUUGCAUUUUGAAAUUGUUACAAAUUUAAAGAGAGACGUUAAUUACGAUAGAAUAAUAGAUAAAAAUCGGUCAUUUAGAGAGUAACACGUAAUUUUUAACAAACUUCCUCGCGUUAACGAACGAAAGAAUCGCACUAUCACGAGAGAAUCUUCACCGUCGCUUUUUUUCUUUCUUCGAAAGAAAAGCGAGGCAGCAAGAUGAAAGAGUGAUACCGUGUUCCAAUAAAAACGUCCAUCUUGGAGCAAGAAGGAGAAGGAAAGUCGCUUUGAAAAGAGUAAAACUUUCGAGUGUGCAUCAGCCUGAGCGAAAUCUGACGUAAGAAAAACAUUACCGACGCGUAAAAAUGUGGAAAGCGGAAGAACAUCUGCUAAUAGAGAUGGGAAGUAGGUCAGAUCCCGGCAAAGCGCCCUCAUUUACGAUUAGCCGCGCGCUAUUAAGGCCAUUUUUUGUAAUAUCCGAAUAAAAUGCAUGGUCGAUGAUGA